AUGCGUGAUAGCAACCCUGGCUGCCAAGCCGCCUCGCAAAAGGACUUCGCUUGGACGGUCGAGGACUUCGACUACCAUGCCUCGUACACCUUCACAACCCCUGCCCAUCAGAACUCCUGGGGAUACGUCAAUUUCAACUUGAGCAACCCAGCCCUCACGUACAAGGCCUCAUGCAGCGCCUCCAGCAACCAGCUUUCCGACUUCUUCUACGGCACCAUGCCGUAUACCUGCACCGUCCCCGACGGCUCCACGGCCAAAACGACGUUUGACUUCAGCCGGCCGAGCGGUAAGUUGAACGUCAAUCAGACCUGGGUCUGCAGUGAUCUCGACCCCAAGUACCCUGCCACCUUCCAUGGAUAUGGUGCUAUCAACCUGACUCUGGGAUGCACAGAUACAACGUGGCAGAACCCCAACUGGACUAUGGGUCAGAUUUACUCAGAUCGCGAGGUCAAAUGCACCCCAGUCACGCUUCCUGUCAAGCCUUACGAGAUGACGGCGGUGGCAUAA